UCUCCAUUAAUGAUCGUUAUUAUCUCCACUAAAUAUUCAUCCAACGAAACGAACCCAUCUUUUGAUUCUUGAAAAAAUUGUAACUUUUUGUUUCUAAAGAGGAAAGAAAUGGAAGAACGCAACAAUUAUAAUGUGAAGAUUGAAACAGGGGAUCAUGGUUAUGUUCUUGAAGACAUUCCUCACUUGACCGAUUAUAUUCCUAAUCUCAAAACAUAUCCCAAUCCAAUGCGAUUCAAUCCUGCAUAUUCCGUUGUAAAGCAAUAUUUUAUCGAUUUUGAUGAUACUGUACCAGAAAAGGUUGUUGUCCAGAAGAACGGUCCAAGAGGAGUUCAUUUUCGGCGUGCUGGACCCCGCCAAAGCGUUUAUUUUAGAUCAGAUCAGGUGCGUGCUUGUGUAGUAACAUGUGGUGGUUUGUGCCCUGGUUUAAAUACCGUGAUUAGAGAAAUUGUAUGUGCCCUUCAUCACAUGUAUGGCGUCACCAGAGUUCUUGGAAUUGAUGGAGGAUAUAGAGGCUUCUACUCAAAGAAUACAAUAACACUAACACCAAAGUUUGUAAAUGAUAUUCAUAAACGUGGUGGAACAGUUCUUGGUUCUUCAAGAGGUGGCCAUGACAAAUCAAAAAUAGUUGACAGCAUUCAAGAUCGUGGUAUCAAUCAGGUUUAUAUAAUUGGAGGUGAUGGAACUCAAAAAGGUGCAGCUGUGAUUUAUGAAGAAAUCAGACGAAGGGGAAUUAAAGCUGUUGUGGCCGGGAUUCCAAAGACAAUUGACAAUGAUAUUUCGGUUAUUGACAGGUCAUUCGGCUUUGAUACUGCUGUUGAAGAGGCUCAACGUGCUAUUAAUGCUGCACACGUUGAGGCGGAGAGUGCAGAAAACGGCAUAGGAGUAGUCAAAUUAAUGGGGCGCUACAGCGGGUUCAUUGCAAUGUAUGCAACUCUUGCAAGUCGUGAUGUGGAUUUAUGUUUAAUACCCGAAUCGCCCUUCUAUCUUGAUGGUGAAGGUGGGCUUUUACAAUUUGUGGAGAAACGACUAAAAGAAAACGGACACAUGGUUAUUGUUGUGGCCGAAGGAGCUGGUCAAGAACUUGUUGCACAAAGCAAUUCAUCAGCUGCCAAAGAUGCUUCCGGAAACAAACUGCUUAAAGAUGUUGGGUUGUGGCUUUCUGAUAGCAUUAAGGCUCACUUUGCAAAAAAGAAAGACUUCCCGAUUACUCUUAAAUACAUUGAUCCUACAUACAUGAUUCGUGCUGUUCCAAGUAAUGCAUCUGACAAUAUCUACUGUACUCUUCUUGCUCAAAGCUGUGUUCAUGGAGCCAUGGCGGGGUUCACAGGGUUCAUUAGUGGGCUUGUGCAUGGUCGACAUACUUAUAUUCCUUUCAGUCGUAUAGUGGAUCAUCAUAAUAAGGUUGUGAUCACUGAUAGGAUGUGGGCAAGGGUACUUUCAUCCACGAAUCAGCCAAGUUUUUUGGGACCAAAAGAGGUGUUGGAGUUCCAGAAAGUGGAAGAACAACGUGCAAUGGAGUUGAUGGAAGGAGAAAAUUACCAGAGCAAUAUUACUAGUACUUCAGGAACAAGGUUCGAAUGCACCGGUCUCUUGAGAUGCUUAAGCUGCGGUUAG